ACCUUCAUUGGUAGUAGACAAAAGACUACACAAAUUGAAGUUUACUUAUUAAGUGCGAAAGGAUAGCGAAGGAUUCUCUUAGGGUCCUUAAAAGCGUUUUAUACUGGAGGCGAGAUAAACUUCAAAACGAAUUGACAAUGUGCAGUAAAAACGGUUAAACCAGUGCCAAAUAGUGAUUUAUACGUUUAAAAAAGCUAGCACGCUAGCAAAUGAGUUAUACGUUACAUCGUGUAGUGAAGUGAUAUAGUGGCGAUGAGUUUCCUGACGUCACUGGGCCAGUACGUGGCGGGUGUGGCGGACAGCGUGGCCGGGCUGGCGUUGUCGCCGCGCCGCGCGCCGCCAUCGCGCCACCGCUCCGCCGAGGAGACGGCGCAGCCGCCGCCGCAGCCUUCUACGGUUACCAUGAGGGGUUUUCCCCGAGUGGUGCCAACGGAGGGCGCGUCGGCGCUGAGCACGCGGCGCCGGACGCUGGACUGCCUGGCCCCAGCGGCGCCGGUCCGCCGGGGCGGCUCGCUGCGCGUACCCCGCCAGCCUCUGCCGGCGGAGAAGCCCGCCAUGGCCUUCUGCAAGAGGCGGCUCUCGUGGCCUGAAGUAGAUAGCUCAGUGAAUUCUGGGGUAAAAGAAACAGACGGUUCCUACUUCGAGGCGUUCACGGCACUAUCGUGGAGGCAAGAGAACCGUCGGUUGGCGGCGUUGCGGCUCGCCGAGGCGCGUGCCGAGCGGCCGCCGCCCGCGCCGCACGAGCUCGGCCUGCCCAGCGUGUCGGCACAACUGUCUCACAAGGAGCAUGAGCAUCUUUAUACAGAGGUGUUGUAUUGCAUCGAGAACGCAGUGGGAGCGCCGGCCCCGGACGGGCAGUUCGCGGCUUACAAGGAAGACAUGGUGGAGUACGCUCGGCGCGCGUUCAGGGUCGCGCCAGAGGUGCACGCUCGGGCGAUCAUGGCGGCAGGCAGCGAGCGCCCGCCCACGGUCGUACUUGGCUGCACGGUCAUCGAAGCGGAUGGCUUGGAGGCCAAAGAUGCCAACGGGUUCAGCGACCCGUACUGCAUGCUGGGCAUCCAGCCUGCGUCCCUGCCGGCGUCCCCGCGCGCGUCCGAGGACGAGGGCCGCAAGCACGGGUUCCGGCUCAGCUUCAAGCGCCGCGACGGCCGCCAGCAGCGAGACAGCCUGGGCCGUCUGCCCGCCAGAUACAUCAGGGCCACUAGCGUCAGGCCGCAUACGCUGUCGCCUAAGUGGAAUGAGAGCUUUAAAUUUGACAUAGACGACAUUUCAUCGGACGUCCUGCACCUGGACAUCUGGGACCACGACGACGAGAGUUCGGUGCUGGACGCGGUGUCGCGGCUCAAUGAGGUGCGCGGCGUCCGCGGGCUGGGCCGCUUCUUCAAGCAGGUCUGCCAGAGCGCGCGGCAGGGCAGCCAGGAUGAUUUCUUAGGGUGCGUGAACAUUCCGCUUCGCGAGAUCCCGUCUACGGGCGUCGAGGCGUGGUACAAGCUGGAAGCCCGCUCGCAGCGCUCCUCAGUCCAGGGACGCAUCAGGCUUCGGUUGUGGCUAUCGGCGCGAGAGGCAGGCAGACAUGACGACGACAACUGGCAACAAGUCCGCCAACAUGAGCGUCUAUUUGGAGUGCUACUGGCCAACGAGGUGGACUCGGCGAGCGGCGGGCCGAGCGGUGCCGAGAGCGAGUGCCCAGCGAUGUGGGAGGGCGAGCUGUGCGGCGCGGCGCAGACGCUCCUGCACCAACACGCCGUUCAGAGCGACAUGAGCACUCUACAGGCGGCGAUAGCGCGCUUCGCCGCUGCUUGCAGGCUCAACAGCGAUGUACCGCUAGAUCCCAAAUACAUGUACAAGCUCCUAACCGAGCUAGAGCGUACUUGGUGCGCGUCAGAGGGGAUGCCCCUGCGAGCCGAGGCGUGCCCCGGCGCGGGCGGCUCGUGCGCAUCGCGGGACGAGGAGCGCUGGCUCGCCGACUGCUUCGGCGAGUUCGUCGAGCGAGCACUGCACCAGCUGCGCCUGCACCGCGACCUGUACCCUGUGCUACACCACCAGAGUCUUAACAAGCUGGAGUUCCUUCUGCGGUGCCUCAGCCAGCUAUCGCAGAUGAAAGCCUUCUGGCGGUGCUGUCCCUUUAAUAAGGAAAUAAGGAGUGAGAUCGUCGGAUCGCUGCGUAAAGGUACCUCCGAGUGGUAUGAGGCGUUAUGCGCGCAGGAUACGGAGUCCGAGCGCGGCGAGGAUUUGGUGAACUUGAUCACGCUUGUCCAAAUUGACUUGCAACAAGGACUCACCUACUACCAUCCGCUGUUUGAGACAACCAACAAUGUGCCCUACUUCAACGUAGUCUUCACACAGAUUGAUAAGAUGUUGUCUGAAGACGUCAGGCAGUGCGUGGAGCUCUGGGUAAACGAGGGCUGGUGUGGCGUGGCUGAAGAGGAAAUAUACGAUGAACAGGGAAACGGAGUAUGCGUGGUGUCAGCGAAGACGUUGCCGUUCGAAGUGCUGGCGGCAGUGCGAGAGCUGUGCGCCGCAGCGGCGCCCGCGCCGCCCACGCAUCCCUCACAUCCACACGACGCACCGGCGCAACUGUUGGACGCAUAUCUGUGGUUUGAGCCUCUGAUCGAUCGCUGGCUGGCCGUGACCAAAACGAUGGCACUGCAGCGGGUGCGUGCGGCCGUCGAGCUCGACCGGCUGGUGGAAGGCGAGCACAUUGUGAAGCACAGCACGUCCUCGGUGGACACCGCCGCAUGCCUUUACUACAUGCGACUGGUGUGGCGCGGGAUCGGCUCGGUAGAGGAAGGCACGGUGGGCGGCGGUAUGCGGUUGCUCGAAGCCGCGUGCGCCACUGCAUUGCACUACGCCGACUUGGUGCACGGCGCGCUCGCAGACCAGGGCUACUAUGACAACCACGGUCAAAACAAAACGACGGAGGAGAUAUGCACAAUCGUGAACAACUUGGAGUACGUGCGACGCUCGUUAGCCGAGUACGACGAUGAACAUAUGGCGAACGACGAAAGCGCGCGUCAGCUAGUGCGCGGGGCGCUUGGCACGCUAGACGCCCGCGCGGCGCGCGCCGCUGCCCCGCUCGCUACACGCGCUCGGCCGCCACUUCGCAAGGCGGUCUUCCACCUGGCCUGGUCGCCGGAUACUCUGCCUACGCCGCAGGCCAUAACCCCACUCUUGGAGUUCCUGGACCAGCAUCUCUCAUCACUGAACACGUGGCUGUUGCCGCGCGCAUUCAUCCGAGCCCUGGCCGGCUGCUGGAGCGCCGUGCUGAAGGAGGUGUCAUCACAAGCCGACGCCGGUGGCGCCGAAAGGCCGAGGGUUUACCAUUCUAGACUGCGGGAAGCGUUAGAUUUAUUAGCAGAGUUUUUCCACGCUGAAGGAAAAGGUUUACCGAUGUCGGAAGUUCACAACGCAGAUUGGGGACGGGUAGAACAAAGAAUGCAGUACCAUCAAGCUCCGACUGACGAGCUGCUUGAGCUUUGGCUUGCAGACAGACUUGCAGAACAGAUUCGGACACCACUGCCCUCGCCUUACGGAUCAAUAUUAGUCAGGGUAUACUUCAAUCACGACUCAUUGUCGGUGGAAGUACUAUCAGCUCGUGAUGUCAUACCAUUAGACCCCAACGGCCUGAGCGACCCAUUCGUCGUUCUAGAACUGGUGCCUAAACGACUUUUCCCGAAAGCUCACGAACAAACUACUAAUGUUCAAAAGAAAACGCUGAAUCCAAUAUGGGACGAGUGUUUCGAGUUCGCGGUGUCGCUGGAGUCGUGUCGGUCGCCCAAGGCGGCUCUAGCUUUGUCCGUAUGGGAUCGCGACGUGCUGACCGCUGACGACUUUGCCGGUGAAGCCUACGUGUCCCUCUCGCGGAUUCCUGGCGUCAACAGCAAUGCUCCUCCUGACCCGCUGCGACCCAUUGAGCUGCCUCUCAUGCAACUACAUGAUAGAAAUCACCCUAUAUUGCAAAUAUUGGAAUCGCGUACCACGGACAAGGUUGCUAUAGACUUCGUCAAAAAACAAAAAUUACGAUUUGCAGAGCAGUAAAAUAAUAUGAAAACAAUGUCAAUAUUAUUUUGUUAUUUACUAAAAGAAGUUAAUUUUAUUGAAAUUUCGACUCACAACGUCCAUUAUAAUGUCGACAAUAUAUUAAGAAUAUUUUACAAAUUUUCAAUACUUAUGAGAUCAUAUUUAUUUAUUUAUAUGAAUAUUUAUAGAUUAGGGGAAACAAAUGGUGGGUUGUAUUUUAAUACGUCUAGUUAACUGAUUUAAACUUUAUCAGUUGCAGCUUGAUAUUUAAAAGU